ACUGCCUGAGACUCCCUCCGGUCGAGCUGCUGCGCUUAUAUAGCGACCCCCCCUCGCUCCGAGCUCGAUCACUACCCACCACUGGCAUCGAUCAUCCUCUUGAUCUUCCUUCUCGUUCCUCUGAUCGAUAUAUCCUUCUCGGCCGAGCUAGCCCGUACCGGGCCGCCAGGCAAGAGAUCAGAGGGCAAACAGAGCUAGUAACAAUGGCGGAUGCGGGGGAAGGGCGGCGGGUUUGCGGCAUGCCGGAGAAGGCUCAGCUCCACGUGGCGAUGCUGGCGCUGCAGUUCGGGUACGCGGGGUUCCACGUGGUGUCGCGGCUGGCGCUGAACAUGGGCAUCAGCAAGCUCGUCUUCCCCGUGUACCGCAACAUCAUCGCGCUCUGCCUCCUCGUGCCCUUCGCCUACUUCCUCGAGAAGAAGGACAGGCCGCAGCUGACGCUCAACUUCGUCGUCCAGUUCUUCCUCCUCGCGCUCUGCGGCAUCACCGCGAACCAGGGGUUCUACCUGCUCGGCCUCGACAACACGUCCCCCACGUUCGCCUCCGCCAUCCAGAACUCCGUCCCGGCCAUCACCUUCGCCAUGGCCGCGGCGCUCCGGAUCGAGAAGGUCCGCCUCGACCGCCGCGACGGCGUGGCCAAGGUGGUGGGCACGCUGGCUUGCGUCGCGGGGGCCUCCGUCAUCACGCUCUACAAGGGCCCCACGAUCUUCGGCCCGUCGUCCGGCGGUGACAAGCAGCUGAUCAUGCAGCAGCUCGUCGCCGGCCCGGAGCUCGCCAUGGGGCUGAGCAAGGCCGUGGAGGGGGAGAUGAAGAACUGGACGCUGGGUUGCGUGUACCUGAUCGGUCACUGCCUGUCGUGGUCGGGGUGGCUGGUGCUGCAGGCCCCCGUGCUGAAGAAGUACCCGGCGAGGCUGUCCGUGACCUCCUACACCUGCUUCUUCGGCGUCAUCCAGUUCCUCAUCAUCGCCGCCUUCAUGGAGAGGGACGCCGACGCAUGGAAGUUCCACUCCGGAUCCGAGCUCUUCACGAUCCUAUACGCCGGGUUCAUCGCGUCUGGGGUGGCGUUCGCGGUCCAGAUCUGGUGCAUCGACCGUGGGGGCCCGGUGUUCGUGGCGGUGUACCAGCCCGUGCAGACGCUGGUGGUGGCAAUCAUGGCGUCCCUCACCCUCGGCGAGAAGUUCUACCUCGGAGGCAUCAUCGGCGCCGCCCUCAUCAUCGUCGGGCUCUACCUCGUGCUCUGGGGAAAGAGCGAGGAGAGGGCGCGCCUCGCCAGGGACGCCGCCGCCGCCGUCGUCAUCAUGCCGCCGUCGUCCGACGCCGGUGCCACCGCCCGGAGCGCCAACAAGCUCACGCAGCCGCUCCUGCUGCCGCCCUCCACCGAGAACAACGUCUGAUCCAUCCAGCCGGCCGGCCAUCGUCUCGAUCGAUCACUGCACGGCGGCGCAUGGAGGAUCAUCCAUCCAUCGAUCGAUCCAGCAAGCAGAUCAGCAGUGUUGUUAAUCAAUUAUUAGUGCUUUAAAUUUUUCUCUUUGUUGCUUUCACGAUACGACGCAUGCAUGUAUGCAUUAUUGUUAAUGGUGUGGUGAGCGAUGAUGAUGAGCAGACGACGACUGCAUACACAGCAGGUUGCAUGUUGCGACGACUUUGCCUGCUGCUUCGUGCGUACUACUUAGUAGGAUUGUUUGCGGCAUUGUGCAUGUAUUUGCAUGGUCGAUCGGAAAUUAGUGUGUGUACGAUCAAUAUUAAUUAAUUGGUGUGUUCAUGGAGCCUUUGCUGCCUUGCUACUA